UGGCGGGUCUGAGUGUAGCCGGGUAGUGCACUGUAGAGCUCGGUUUCUGCCUUACCGUCUGUGGCCGCUCGAGUACCGGAGUGUGUCAGUAAUUAUACUGGGCGCUGACGAGUUUAUAAUGGCAAAAGGUGACAAUGACCCAUUCUUUGUGAAAUUUGUGAAGACGCCUGACAAUACAGAUUUCUUCUAUGAAGCUCAUCAGGAAAUCAAAGCAUUUCAGUCAGAUGAGUAUCUACACCUAAUUGAUGAAAAAGAAGCUGUUAGCUUAAAAGAGAAAGACAAGUCUCUUUACAUAUGCGACCCCUUCAGUGGUCCUGUUUUUAACCAUCUCAAGAAGCUUGGUUGUAGAAUAGUUGGACCUCCUGUAGUUAUAUUCUGCAUGAAACAUCAACGAUGUGUUCCUCGAGCUGAAUACCCCGUCUUCAACAUGGCAAUGGCUGACAUCACAAUUUCCUGCACAAGUCUUGACAAAGAAACCAGGGAAGAAGUUCAUCAGUACGUGCAGUUGAUGGGUGGUUGUGUCUACAAAGAUCUUAAUGUUUCAGUCAGCCAUCUAAUUGCUGGAGAGGUUGGCAGCAAAAAGUAUCUUGUGGCAGCCAGUCUCAAAAAACCUAUUCUUCUGCCUUCAUGGGUAAAAGCCCUAUGGGAGAGGUCACAACAAAGGAUUAUUAGCCACACAGAUGUUGAUAUGGAGGAAUAUUUGUGUCCCAUCUUCCUCGGCUGUACCAUCUGUGUGACUGGAUUAAGCAGUUUGGAUAGAAAGGAGGUCCAAAGGCUUUCUUCCCUUCAUGGUGGCCAAUAUACUGGUCAGCUCAAGAUGAAUGAGUCUACACAUCUUAUUGUGCAUGAGGCUAAAGGUCAGAAAUAUGAGUGUGCUAGAAAAUGGAAUGUGCAUUGUGUCUCAAUCCAGUGGUUCUUUGACAGUAUUGAGAGAGGUUUUUGUCAGGAUGAGAGCAUGUACACGAUGGAACCCAUGUUAUCCACUAAGACUAUGCCAGAGACUUCCACCCCAACAAGCAGCACUAACAAACUAGAUAAUCGGGCAUUGUCUGAUGUCAGCCAUAUUUCUAACAUUAGUAUUAACAGCUGUGUGAAUGAAUCUGCCUUUAAUUCUGUGAUGAAUACAAGACUGGAGCCCCCACCAGAUACUCUCGAAAACUUGGACAUUAGUUCUUUACAGGCUCCAGAAGAUCUGCUUGAUGGCUGCAGGAUAUAUGUAUGUGGUUUUGGAGGAAGAAAGCUAGAUAAGCUGAGGAGGCUCAUUAACAGUGGAGGAGGAGUACGAUUUAAUCAGCUCACUGGUGACGUUACCCAUGUUAUCAUUGGAGAAAAUGAUGAGGAACUGAAAAAGUUUCUAAACAAGACUAAUCACAGGCCUUACAUUCUAUCUGUAAAGUGGUUAUUAGACAGUUUUUCAAAAGGGACUCUGCAACCUGAGGAAACUUACUUUCAUUCCUCUUAUAAACCUGCCGAGAUCCAGGCACCAGCUCAACCAGUUCUCAGUUCGUCUAUGCAGAAGACAAGCAGUAAAGUCCCAGUAAAAACAGACAACCUGGCUCAGAAUCAUCAGGCUGAUGAAGACCUGCUAUCUCAGUAUACAGAAAAUGAUAUAACCCUAUUAGGUCCAAAGAGCCAUGAAACUUCAAACUUGAAUUAUUUAUCCAACUCAAGUGUACAGGGUGAUAUGUCCUCUUACAGCAGCCAAAUUGGUUUUGGAGAAACUUCUACGAUAAUUGAAGGAGGCUUGUUCAGUAAGAAAAGAUUCUUGGUCUUGGGUUUUGUUGAGGAGGAUGAAGCUUGCAUAAUAGACAUAAUAAAGAAGAAUGCUGGUAAAGUAUUAUCUGCGCAGAAGAGAAUCAUUGCCCAAUAUGCUGUGGUGCCUUUACUGGGCUGUGAAGUGGAGGCUACAGUUGAAGAAGUUGUGACUAAUGCCUGGCUAGGAAUGUGCAUAGAACAGGAGAAGCUUCUGGACCCGCAAUCAAAUUCUCUCUUCACACCGGUGGUGUAUGUUGAAGGCAGCGCACCGCUGAAAGACUGUGUUCUUUCUGUGAGCCAGUUUAUGGGUGCUGAGAGGGAUUCAUUAGUUUAUCUUGCAGGCCUUCUUGGAGCCAAAGUUCAAGAAUUUUUCGUAAGAAAGGCAAACCCCAAAAAAGGAAUGUUUGCCAGUACUCACCUUGUUCUCAGAGAACCUGAGGGCUCUAAAUAUGAGGCAGCUAAGAAGUGGAAUCUGCCCGCAGUUACUAUGGCAUGGCUUCUACAAUGUGCCAAAACUGGCAAAAAAGCAGAUGAAAGCCGCUUUCUUGUUGAGAAUGCCUGUGAAAAUGAUAAAGAAGAAAGUUUUGUAAGUCAGACAUAUAGACCAACAAUAGCCAGACCUACACUAGAUACACCAGAUCGUCAAGUGAAUUGUCCAGAAGCAUUGAAAAAAGCUGCAGUAACCCCUUUAGAUAUGAAUCGCUUUCAGAGCAAAGCGUUUCAGUCUGUAUUGUCCAGACACAACAGAAAUGUUCCAACCCCUAGUGGAGAGAAUAAACUACCUGCGAGGGAACCGUCUUUACAUCUUGAUACACCAUCCAAAUUUCUGUGCAAAGAUAAACUCUUCAAGCCCUCAUUUGACGUCAAGGAUGCCCUUGCUGCACUGGACACACCAGGUGGACCAAUCCAGAAACAUAGGGCCCAAAAUACUCCUUUGUCAGAAGUUAUAGGCAGAAAUUUGCAGCUUGCUCUUGCAAACAGUAAUAGACAAACUGCCGCUCUGACUGCAAGUCCUCAGCUAAAGACUACUGAGCCAAAAGAGGUAAAUCAAGAACCUAAAAUACUUACUGAUGUAGUUAUAUGUGUAAGCAAGAAGCUUAGCAAAAGACAAGGAGACCUUAAUGGUAUAGCAGCCUCACUUGGAGCGGAAUACAGGUGGUGCUUUGAUGAGGGUGUAACUCACUUUAUUUAUCAGGGAAAACAGAGUGACACCAACAGGGAAUUUAGAUCUGUAAAGGACAGGGCUGGCAUCCACAUCGUUUCUGAACAUUGGCUAUUGUCUUGUGCAGAAGAGCAAAAAAAAGUCCCAGAGUCUCUUUACCCUUAUACAUACAAUCCAAAAAUGAGUCUUGACAUCAGUGCUACACAAGAUGGAGCGCACAGUAGCAGUAAACUUUCUACAGCAGUCUCAAAACAUGAUGAGAAUAAUGGACUAACAGAUGACGAUGAUCAAAUAGCUGAAAUUUCGCCUCUAAAGACGAAUAAUACUGGAAAUGCUCAAAAUGAAGGAAGUGAAGUAAAAGGAGCUCUUACACAGACUCUAGAAAUGAGGGAGAAUUUCCAGCGACAGCUUCAAGAGCUAAUGUCAGCAACAUCAAUGGUGAAGGCUCAAGGACAGAGGACGUCAUUGAGCAGAGCAGGGUUUGAUAACUCUCCUUCCACUCCUGAAGGAGUUCGUUCUAGUAGAAAUGGUCGUAGCUGGGUGCUGGAAGCAAGAAGAAAUACUCGCCAGCCCACAGCAGAUCUGAAUACAGAGCCAUCACAAAAUGAACAAAUUAUUUGGGAUGACCCCACAGCAAGAGAGGAGAGAGCUAAACUUGCGAGCAACUUGCAGUGGCCCAAUAGUUCUUCUCAAUACAUGGAACCUCCUCAGCCAAAUAUAAAAACUCAAAAUGAUGAUCAAGCCCAGUUUAAGGAAUCCUUAACGGACACAGAAUUAGCUGAUAUGGAAGCCUGUGAAAUGGAUAACACUGCAGCUGAGGUAUUUAGAAAAGGAAAAGAUUUCCAAUCUCCAGCCAAAGAGGACCAGAUAAUCCCCACUCCACGGGCUCCCAGUAUUGCCUUUCCACUAGCCAAGCCAAUGGUGGCUCCACAGCCCAAGGAAAUGAAUGAAGGCCCGGUAAUGGAAGAGAGAGAUAAGGAACGUCGAUUCCAGCUUUCUUCCUUAAAUCCCCAGGAAAGAAUUGACUACUGCCAGCUCAUAGAAGAGCUAGGUGGAAUAGUGAUAGACAAGCAGUGUUUUGACCCAAGUUGUACACACAUUAUUGUUGGACAUCCACUCCGUAAUGAGAAGUAUCUUGCUUCAAUGGCAGCAGGGAAAUGGGUGCUUCAUCGAUCUUACCUGGAGGCCUGUCGAGCUACAAAGCAUUUUAUCAAGGAAGAUGACUAUGAAUGGGGAAGCACUUCAGUAUUGAAUGCUGUCAGUGCCAUUAAUCCGCAACAACGUAUGUUGGCCGAGGCAGCAAUGAGGUGGAGGAAGAAGAUACAGAGAAUAAAGCAAGAUACUGGCAGUGUGGAGGGAGCCUUCAGUGGAUGGCGAGUUAUAUUAAAUGUGGACCAAGCGAAAGAAGCUGGAUUUAAACGUCUCCUGCAGUCUGGGGGAGCAAAGGUAUUUGCUGGCCAUUCCUCCUCUCUGUUUAAGGAAGCAACUCACUUGUUUGCAGAUUUUAGUAAGCUGAAACCUGAAGAUGCAAAAGUCAAUAUAUCUGAAGCUGCAGCACAAGGGGUGAACUGUUUAAAGCCAGAGUACAUUGCAGAUUACCUAAUGAAGGAACCACCCCCUCCUCCCAGCAGCUAUUGUCUCCCAGCUGCUGCCCCCUAUCUACAGGUUGCAAACAACACAGUAUCCCGAAAAAGGAAAAACUCUGAAGAAUCCAACGAUGUGAAAAGAUCUAGGCUGUAUUAAAUACAGUAUUUGUAUGUAAUGUAUAAUUUGUGUGUUUUUAUCAAUUCUAUGUUCAUUUGAUUUGUAUAAAACUAUUUUUAUUAAUAAUAAAAAGUAAUGUAGCUGUGCUACUUCUGUAUUAUAUGACUUCCUUUUACUUGUCACGCCUAUGACUCACUUACUGUCUCUAGAAUAGACCUGAUCCCUGUACUACUGUACCUGUCUCAUCAAAUAUUCUUAUAUUGUAUGGAUGGUGAGAUUAUCCUUCUGUCAUUGUGGUAUGUAGAUAUCUAUGAAUUCAUAUUUUAAUAAAUUUUUAUUUUUGGCCAUUACUUGAGCAUCUGUCUUAGGGCUCAUUCAGAUGGUCGUAUGCUGUCCGCAAAAAUGCGGAUCCGUUUUUUUGCAGAU